GAACGAAGCGUGAGCACUCAUUACACCGGAAGAGCAGGACAAAGCAACACUUGGCACAUUCACCAUUUUCUUCAAUCUGAUGGCAGCACAUGUAUUCAGCAGACAGGACCUCAUUUGUCCACAGUGUACUGGAAUCUACUGCUUCCCCGUUCUCCUCCAGUGUGGACAUAAUGUUUGUAAAGUUUGCCUGCAGACGUUCUGGGAAUGGAAAGGAUGUCAAGAAUGUCCAGUGUGUUCUGUCGUGUCUGUUCCCAAAAGGCCUCCAAUUAAUUUACCACUGAAAAUCGCCGCGGACCAGUACCACCUGGAACAGAGCAGGAAUAGCGGAGAACUUUGCAAAAUACACAAAGAGAAGCUGAGUAUUUUCUGUCAGAAUGAUGAAGAGCCCAUCUGUCUGCUGUGCCAAACUUCUAAACAGCAUAAAAUCCACAAGUGCUGCCCAUUGGAGGAAGCCGCCAAGCAGAAAAAGGGAAAUAUUGCAGUCAGGCUGGAGUUGCUGAAAAAAAAGCUCCAGACUCUGACCAAGACAAAAGAAACCUGGGAAGGAACCCGAAAAUUCAUCCAGAGCCAAGCAGAAGCAAACCACAGAGCCAUCAAGGAGGAGUUUCAGAGGUUGCACUUGUUCCUUUUUGAGGAGGAAAACUCCAGACUUCAGGUACUCAAACAGGAGGAAGAUGUGAAAGUGAAAGUGAUGAGUCUCAAGCUGGAGUACAUGGAGAAGCAGAUCAAGAACCUUUCUUCUACCAUCAGCGAUAUUGAGACAAAACUCCAAGGCGCUGAUUUACCCUUCUUGAUGGAUUACAAAGAAAAAAAGAAAAAGCUUAAAUGCAACAUUGGGGAGCCAGAAAUUAUACGAGACAUCCUGAUUAACUCUGCAAGUCAUCUGGGAUCCCUCAAGUUUAAAGUGUGGAGGAAGAUGGAGGGCGUUGUCAAAAGUGUUCCCAUCACGUUGGAUCCAAAUACGGCCCACGCCAACUUGGAGCUCUCAGAUGAGCUGAGCUGUGUGCAGUACAGCAGCCAACAGAUGCUCCCUAACAACCCAGAACGCUGCACAGGUAGUGUAUGCGUCCUGGGAGCCACCGGUUUUGUUUCUGGAAAACACAGCUGGACUGUAGAUGUAACGCGAGGUAGAGACUGGUAUAUCGGGGUGGCCCGGGAGUCCAUCCAAAGGAAGGGGGCCUUGUUCCUCGAGCCUUCUGAAGGCGUGUGGAUCAUUGGUGGGAGUACGGGGGAUGCCAUGUGGGCUCAGACCUCGCCUAGGACCAAGCUGGACUUGAAGCAGAAGCUUGAGAGGAUUACUGUGGAGCUAGACUACGACAAAGGGAAAGUAGCUUUCAUCAAUGCUGCAGAUUCAAAGAUGAUCUACACGUUUAAAGACAAGUUCACAGAGAGAAUCUUCCCUUACUUUCACCCUGGCAUCUACGAGGAGGGCAGUGGCUCCUACCCCCUCGCCAUUUGUCCGCAGACCAUCUCUGUGACCGUCACAGACCACAAGUGAAGAACUAUUAACUUAUGUUGAUACCAAAGCACUUGCCAGCUCUUUUGCACUAGUUAUUUUUCCUAGUUGUUACAAAACUCUCUUUUGUUGUCAACUUGUGUGACAACAUACAACAUACAUGUUGUAGAUCUGGAAAAGAGUGUUCAUUUCUCCGUUGUCGCUAUUACAAUGCUGUAAAUCAUGCCCGACAUGUUCAAUCACUUCACAUGCUUGUGGUUUAUUUUUGUCUUAUCUUGUCACUACUUGUGUUCCACAAUGGAAACUAAUAAAAAUCCAUCAGCUGUCUGUUGUUAACAACUUUGCAACACAUCGGAUGUUGUUCUUCAGAAUAAAAU